CUCAGUCUCCUCUCCUCUCCCAGGCGAGAGGAUCAGAGGAGGCACCUCCCGAGUCCCAGACUCGGCGAGAGGAGCCCCGAGGAGACGACGCUCUCCUCCCCGCCUUACCUUCCUUCCUUGCGGCGAGACUACUAGAGGCGCAGAGCUUAAGAAAGUUUUUAAGUGCCGCCUAGGUAGGUGCUUCCUUCUCCUUCUCAGCCCGCGGUGGGACGGGGACCCGGGGACCCCCGCUCUCUCCUCCUAAGGCGCUUCCUUCUAGGUUCCAGCAGCCCGUGCGGGUCGGAGCCACUCUCUGCGGUGUCAGGGAGUGGACCGGCUUCUCGGGGCGUCCAAGAGGAUGGAUCGCAGGCCCCGGGGUCAGCAUUGGCGCCGAGCUCGCCACAACUACAACGACCUGUGCCCGCCCAUCGGCCGCCGGGCAGCCACCGCGCUCCUCUGGCUCUCCUGCUCCAUCGCGCUCCUCCGCGCCCUCGCCACCUCCAACGCGCGUGCCCAGCAGCGCGCGGCCGCCCAGCGCCGGAGCUUCCUCAACGCCCAUCACCGCUCCGCCCAGGUGUUCCCCGAGUCCCCUGAGUCCGAGUCUGACCACGAGCACGAGGAGGGAGACCUGGAGCUGUCCCUCCCCGAGUGCCUAGAGUACGAGGAAGAGUUCGACUACGAGAGUGAGACCGAGACCGAGACGGAGACCGAGUCCGAGAUCGAGUCCGAGACCGACUUCGAGACCGAGCCCGAGACCGCGCCCGCCAGUGAGCCCGAGACCGAGCCCGAGGACGGGCGCAGCCCCCGUCGCGCCGCCUUCAACCAAUCCCUCACCGAGCGCCUGCACGCGCUCAAGUUGCAGAGCUCCGAGGCGGCCGCCAGCCCCGCGCAGCCCACCACUCAGGAGCCCCAGCGCCCCGGCGAGGGGGAGGAGCCCGAGGAGCGCGAUCCCCGGGACCCCGAGGAGUCUGAAGAGCGCAAGGAGAAGAAGCAGCAGCGCCGCUGCAAGCCAAGAAAGGCCACCCGCCGCGACCCCUCCCCCGAGUCCCCUUCCAAAAAGCCAUCCAUCCCCAUCCGGCGUCACUGAUGGAGGACGCCGUCCAGAUUCUCCUUGUUUUCAUGGAUUCAGGUGCUGGAGAGUCUGGGAAAAGCACCAUCGUGAAGCAGAUGAGGAUUCUGCAUGUUAAUGGGUUUAAUGGAGAGGGCGGCGAAGAGGACCCGCAGGCUGCAAGGAGCAACAGCGAUGGUGAGAAGGCCACCAAAGUGCAGGACAUCAAAAACAACCUGAAGGAGGCGAUUGAAACCAUUGUGGCCGCCAUGAGCAACCUGGUGCCCCCUGUGGAGCUGGCCAACCCCGAGAACCAGUUCAGAGUGGACUACAUUCUGAGCGUGAUGAACGUGCCUGACUUUGACUUCCCACCUGAAUUCUAUGAGCAUGCCAAGGCUCUGUGGGAGGAUGAGGGAGUGCGUGCCUGCUACGAGCGCUCCAAUGAGUACCAGCUGAUUGACUGUGCCCAGUAUUUCCUGGACAAGAUUGAUGUGAUCAAGCAGGCCGACUACGUGCCGAGCGACCAGGACCUGCUCCGCUGCCGUGUCCUGACCUCUGGAAUCUUUGAGACCAAGUUCCAGGUGGACAAAGUCAACUUCCACAUGUUCGAUGUGGGCGGCCAGCGCGAUGAGCGCCGCAAGUGGAUCCAGUGCUUCAAUGAUGUGACUGCCAUCAUCUUCGUGGUGGCCAGCAGCAGCUACAACAUGGUCAUUCGGGAGGACAACCAGACCAACCGCCUGCAGGAGGCUCUGAACCUCUUCAAGAGCAUCUGGAACAACAGAUGGCUGCGCACCAUCUCUGUGAUUCUGUUCCUCAACAAGCAAGAUCUGCUUGCUGAGAAAGUCCUCGCUGGAAAAUCGAAGAUUGAGGACUACUUUCCAGAGUUCGCUCGCUACACCACUCCUGAGGAUGCGACUCCCGAGCCCGGAGAGGACCCACGCGUGACCCGGGCCAAGUACUUCAUUCGAGAUGAGUUUCUGAGAAUCAGCACUGCCAGUGGAGAUGGGCGCCACUACUGCUACCCUCACUUCACCUGCGCUGUGGACACCGAGAACAUCCGCCGCGUGUUCAACGACUGCCGUGACAUCAUCCAGCGCAUGCACCUCCGCCAGUAUGAGCUGCUCUAAGAAGGGAACCCCAAAUUUAAUUACAGCCUUAAGCACAAUUAAUUAAAAGUGAAACGCAACUGUGCACGCAGUUAGUCACCCACCAUAGGGCAUGACUAACAAAGCAACCUUUCCUUUCCCCCAAGUGAUUUUGCGAAACCCCCUUUUCCCUUCAGCUUGCUUAGAUGUUCCAAAUUUAGAAAGCUUAAGGCGGCCUACAGAUAAAAAAGAAAAAGAAAAAGGCCACAAAAGUUCCCUCUUCUCUUUCAGUAAAUAAAUAACAGCAGCAAACAGAAAUAAAGAAAUAAAUGAAACAAAUGAAACAAAUGAAAUAAAUAUUGUGUUGUGCAGCAUUCAAAAAAUCAAAAUAAAAAUUAAAUGUGAGCAAAGAAUG